CGCCCCUCCAAGAUGGCGGCGCCCUCCCUCAGCCGCGGUGCCUUCGGUGCCCCCCGGAUUUUGGGGGGUCCCGGGGGAGGCCGGGUCCGAGUUCGGGCCUGGAGCACCGGGACCCCCUCAGAGGAGCCCCCCCAAGCCGGGGAGACCCUCGGGAACCCCGCGUGGGACCCCUCGGAGCUCGCGAGGCUCCGCGGGCGCGAGCAGCGCGAGAAGCGGCAGCGAUUGAAGAGGGAGCGCGCUGAGGGGAGAGCGGCAGCCGGGCAGGAGCCCAGUCCACUCCCCAAAGGUUGGACCCCAAAAGCUGAGGUGGAAUAUCGGCAUCCCCUGGGACCCGACGGAAAAAAGGCCACGCAGGUGCCGCUGCCCCCCCAGUACAGCCCCCGCUACGUGGAGUCUGCCUGGUACCAGUGGUGGGAGAGGGGAGGGGUCUUCAGCCCCCCCGAACAGGCCCCGGGGGGGUCCCCGGUGCUGAGCCUGGUGCUGCCCCCCCCCAACGUCACGGGGUCCCUGCACCUGGGCCACGCCCUGACAGUGACCCUGCAGGACAUCCUGGUGCGAUGGCGGAGGAUGCAGGGCUGGAGCGUCCUGUGGGUGCCGGGCACCGACCACGCUGGCAUUGCCACCCAGGCCGUGGUGGAGCGCUGGCUGUGGCGGCACCGGCGGCAGCGCCGGCAGGACCUGGGCCGGGCUGAGUUCCUGAGGGAGGUUUGGCGCUGGAAGGAGAGGCACGGGGACGAGAUCCUGGGGCAGCUGCGGGCGCUCGGGGCCUCGCUGGACUGGAGCCGCUGUGCCUUCACCAUGGACCCGGCCUUCUCCCGAGCUGUCACCGAGGCGUUCGUGCGGCUGUUCCGGGCGGGGCUGAUCCGGAGGGACCAGAGAGUGGUGACCUGGAGCUGUGCCCUGGGCUCUGCCCUGGCCGACGUCGAGGUGGAGCCCCGAGUGCUGUCGGGUCCCACGGAGCUCAAUGUCCCCAACUGUCCCCAACCCGUGACCUUCGGCCUCCUCGUCACCUUCGCCUACCCCGUGGAGGGGGAUGACGGGCUGGAGUUGCCCGUGGCCACCACUCGCCCUGAGACCAUUUUUGGGGACGUGGCCGUGGCCGUGAACCCGAAGGACCCGCGGUACCUGCACCUUCAUGGCCGCCGGGUGCGGCACCCGUUCAGCGGGGCCCUGCUGCCCGUGGUGACCGACAGCAGCGUGCAGCCUGAGAUGGGCACUGGUGCAGUGAAGGUCACACCUGGGCACAGUCCCCAGGACCUGGCUCUGGCCCGGGCCCACGCUCUGCCCCUGCUCUCGGUCAUUGGGGACAAUGGCACCUUGUGUCCCCCAGGUGGGGGGUGGCUGCAGGGUGUCCCCAGGUUCGAGGCCCGUGCCCGCGUUGUGGCAGCCCUGGCCCAGCUCGGGCUGUUCCGGGGUGUCCAGGACCACGCCAUGACCUUGCCCCUCUGCAGCCGCUCCGGGGACGUCGUUGAGUUCCUGCUCAAGCGUCAGUGGUUCCUGAGCUGUGGGGACAUGGCCAGGGGGGCUCUGCAGGCAGUGACGUCGGGGAGGCUCCACCUGGUGCCCAAAUUCCACGAGAAAAACUGGAAAACCUGGAUGGAGAACGUGGGGGACUGGUGCCUCUCCCGUCAGCUCUGGUGGGGCCAUCAGGUACCUGCGUACCAGGUGAGGGGGGGCACCGUGCCCACAGCUGCCCAGGUGUGUGCCCAGGAUACCCAGGUGAGUCCCCAGGAGGGGCCGUGGUUCGUGGGGCGCAGCGAGGCCGAGGCUCGUGCGGAGGCCGCCAGGAUUUUGGGGUGCUCACCUGGACAGGUGCAGCUGCAGCAAGACCCCGAUGUUUUGGACACCUGGUUCUCCUCCGCUCUCUUCCCCUUCGCUGCCCUGGGCUGGCCCGAGCAGAGCCCCGAUUUUGGCCGUUUUUACCCCAAUUCCGUGCUGGUGACCGGAAGUGACCUCCUGUUCUUCUGGGUGGCCCGGAUGGCCAUGCUGGGCCAGCAGCUCACGGGACAGCUGCCCUUCUCUCAGGUCCUGCUGCACUCUCUGGUCCGGGAUUCCCAGGGAAGGAAAAUGAGCAAAUCCCUGGGGAACGUCAUCGACCCGCGUGACGUCAUCGGGGGGGCCACGCUCCAGGAGCUGCAGGAGAAGCUUCAGAGUCGAACCCUGGACCCCCAGGAGCUGCAGGUGGCCCAGGAGGGGCAGAGGCAGCAGUUCCCACAGGGGAUCCCCGAGUGCGGUGCCGACGCCCUGAGGCUGGCCCUGAGCAGCCACAACGUGCACGGCCCCGAAAUCCGGGUGGGCGUGGCCUCGGUGCUGACUCAGCGCCGCUUCUGCAACAAAGUCUGGAACGGGGUCGGCUUUGUGCUCAGGGCCCUGGAGAGGGAGGGGGGCACCCCAAAAACACCCCCCGAGGAGGUAGCCCCCGUAGCCCCCCUGGACCGCUGGCUCCUGUCCCGUUUGGCCGCUGCUGUCGCCGCCUGCUGUCGCCACUUGGAGGCGCUGCAGUUCCAGGGAGCAGCUGGGGCCGUGCAGAACUUCUGGGUUCGGAACUUCUGUGACGUUUACUUGGAGGUGGCCAAGGUGUCCCUGCUGUCCCCUUCUCUCCGUCCCGGUGUCCUGGCCACCCUCGUGGCCGGCUCCGAGCUGGGCCUUCGCCUCCUGGCCCCCUUCGCCCCCUUCUUGGCCGAGGAGCUCUGGCAGCGCCUGCCCCGCGCGCCCCCCGCGCCCCCCACCCUCUGCAGGGCCCCCUUCCCUGACCCCCAAAAACUGGCUCGGUGGCACAGUCCCGAGCUGGAGACGCAGGUGGCCGCCAUGUUGGAGCUGGUGAGGGCCGUGCGGGGCCUGCGGGAGACCUUUGGGCUCAGGGGUGCCUCCCGACCCCCAGUGCUGGUGCAGUGCCAGGAGCCGGCUCGCGAUUGGCUGGAGCCGCUCGGCUCCGCCUUCCAGGCACUCUCGGGGGCGGGGCCUGUUCAGCUUCUGCCCCCAGGGGCGGAGCCGGGGCCGGGCUGGGCGGGAGCUCCAGCAGCUUCCGGAACCUUCGUUCACCUGCGCAUCCAGGGCCUGGUGGAUCCAGGGCCUGCCCGGGCCCAGCUCCGCGCUCGCCUCACGAACCUCGAGCGGCGCCUCAGGAGCCUCGGGGGGGCCCGGGAGCCCCUCCCCGGCACCGCCCAGCACCACCAGGCCGCAGUGCUCCGAGCGGACCUGGCCAGGCUGGAGCAGGCCCUGCAGGCCCUGGAGACCCCCGGGGACCCCUCAGAGACCCCCCCGGGGAUCCCCAGCUCUGGAGGGGGCCCAGGGUGUGCACAGGUAGCGCCACCCGUGGCCGCAGCAGAGGCAGCGCAGGAUGAGGUGGGGCUGGCCACGCCCUGGGGUGUCAGCGGGCCCAGCGUGGAGGACAUGGCGGGGAUGGUCCUGGUGGCCUUUGUCAUCGGGGGGCUCUGCCUGCACCUGUGGCUCCGGGCGGGGAGGUGA